CCCCCGGGAAAAGCGCCCCGUUGAGAGGCGGGCCUCCGUGGUUGCCAGGCAACCACGGUAAACAGCCGAAGUCGCAGGACCAUGGCCAACUACAGCGCCAACCAGUAUGAAAAAGCCUUCUCAGCCAAGUACCUGCAGAACUGGUCUCCUGCCAGGCCAACCAAGGAGAGCAUCCCGGCCCACGAGGGCUACACCCAGAUCAUCGCCAACGACCGUGGCCACCUGCUGCCUUCGGUGCCCCGCUCCAAGGUGAGACCCUCACCUCCAUUCUCUCCAAGGCCCGAGGCAAGAGGGGGAGAGCCUCCUGCCGCCACAGUUCCUUCCAAUUCACACUGCAACGCAAGCCCUUGGGGUUCCUUCAUGGGCACCUGGCAGAUGCCUCUGAGGAUCCCCCCUGCCCGGGUGUCCCUGACGUCUCGUUCCGCUGCUGGUGCCGCCGCCCUCACCGCAUGGAUACAGAAGGAUCCCGACUUCCUCAAGGCCUCCAACGGGCUGCGUCCAGAAAUCCUGGGCAAGCCCGGGGACCCAGACAGUCGGAAGCAACCCCCGAACUCUGAAAAACAAGCAUCAAAUCCAGCCCCAAGUCCCGGCUCCCCAGCCCCACCCCCGAGCCCACACCCCUCUGCAGGCCACACCCCAGGCCCCCCAGGCCCCGUCUCUCCUGCGAGCCCCCUGGGGAGCCCCUGUGCAUCCCCACCGGCAGGUGCUAGUCCAGAUGCGGGGUGCCAGCCUGGGACUCCUGGAGGGGACCCCCUGAGGAAGCCUUUCUAGAGACAGAGCACAAGACCCCAGUCAGGGGAAUUAUGGGAAUGAAGGCAAAUUUGGAAAAGAAACAUUGCUUGACUCU